GUACAAAUGAAUUGCUCAAUGUUUUUGAUUUAGCAACCUUGCUGCUGGUAAGAUAAGCCAACACAAAAUGGAAACAACAGGGCUAGCAGUUAGUAUUAUGGUUCUUCUUUUUGCCUCAGUAACGUGCACAGAGUCACCGCCUAGGCAACUGAACACGGAAAACAUCCUGAUCAAUGUGACAGCAGGGACACUGGCGGAUACACAGUUGCAGGAUACCAACAACUUGCAGAUCAAUUUAAACAUAUCGGUGGGCGAAGAGCAGGUGCUGGUCAAUGACAUCCCAGUAGAGCUGUCAGGGGUCACCAGGUUCAACUGCCAAGCCCUUCUCUUAGACAGCGUCAAUGGAAGCAGUGACUUUGAAUCUGGGGACUUGGUGUCCACUGUCACCCGGGUGAUGGUGAGCCAGAACCGGCUAUACAGUGACUCGGAGGAGGUGGUGGCUCUGCAGGUGUUCAGUGAAGUGAUAGAGAUGGAGGGCAAAGAGGUCCAACAGCCUGACAUGUGUGAGGUGAAAAUACUGUUGAGCCCAGAUUUCCAGAAACUGGCCCAGUUUACCAACAUCUACCCCAUCGGACACAGUGAGAUAUUCAGGGUUCCCAGAGAGAACGAUGUUGUUGUCACAGAUCCACCAAAUCCUAGAAAAGAUGAGGAACAGUUGAUCUCCCAGACCACCAGCCAGUACCCCCUGAAGCACACAGAAACCACCCAGGAGGAGAUCGCAGCCCCGGGAAAGCUCCCGGAGACUCCCUUGCGUAUGGACCCCGACCUGCUGUAUGAUGUCAAAUAUGAAGAUGAAUUUGAUGACCGAGAGCCAAGCCAGCCAGAUCAGAUUCAGAUGGAAACUCCGCCCAAAGAAUUCAUAUCAUCUUACUCUGCCAUGUGUCAGUGGGUGGAGGAAGUGAGGGAACGUCUGAGGCGCUUCAGCUCAGAGUCACUGCCUCUUUUCUUCCUGGUCAUGUGGGUGGUGGUGAUCGGCGUUGUCGGAUCUGCGGUCAUCGUCAAGAUCUUGGACAUCUUCUUCCCGACCUGUGAACACAAGCACAUUUUUCACCUAAACCCUGUCACUCUAAUGCCAGAGGAGGAGAAGCACACUCUAUUGGAGAACAUAGAAAUAGAAGCAGAAGAAGAAGACAAGAAGCCUUGAAUGAAGAUUGACAUGGCCAGCUCCUUUAUUUUCAGUUUGUUUUCGUUUGUUCUUCAACCUUGGUUACUGUGUCAGGUUUUGUUGCUAGCUUCUAUUCAGACUUUCAAACUUUUAUUUUCACUUCAGCACAUUAGAACAGGAACAGUAGGUGGUUUAAAGCCAUCAAAUUGACUAAACUCAAUUUGAUGGUUUAAUGCUAGUCCAAGUGAAUCCCUCAAAUUUAGUCACAUGAUCAGAAUGGGAAAAAAAGCGAGUGAUUCAUAGUGUUGAAUCUCUGUGAGGGACUAAGAGCUCUUUCAUCAUUUGCACAGAAAAUCAAACUCUUUGCUCCUGUGACUGGUCAGAUAGAGUUUUAUUAAGUCACAAAUGUACUCAGAACAGCUACUAAAUGGACCUUUAGACCGUAUUGUGUUUUUUUGGCUGUAUGCUGGCACCAAAACCUGGCAACAUACAUUAGAAUAGACGGAGGCUUAGGAAAGCAGUACUGUAGAAUUAACAAAAGAACAAACUGAGCAUUUUAGGAGCUGCAGCCAACAAUUUGGAGUCUUUAUGUUCACUGAAAAGACUUUCUAUAUGUAGCACUUCUGUACAGGUCACAAUUCUUUUCUUCACACUAACUUUUUUCUCCAAAAUUGGACCCCACUGCUGAAAAAAAAUGACAGCAAAUGCACUACAAUGAGUUUAUAUUAUAUAUUUAUUAACCACACGGCAGGCAGUGUUCUGUCGUACUUUAAGCGAAGACAAGAUGAAUAAUUAAAGCCAUUAUGUUUGAAUCUGUUGUUAUAUAUGGCUCACAAGAAGCAAAAUAAUAUUUAAUCUGAAAAGAAAAAAGAUGCAGAUCACUGUCUGGAAAAUGUUAUUUCAGAUCAAGUGUCUGCACAUUCAGAGACAGUUGUUUCCCUCCCUCAACUCUUCUUAACUCUGAAUGUCACUAAUGAAGAAAUUCCUCCCUCCGCUGCCCACUAUUGAGGCUCAUACAUUGAUUGUCUUUCUUCACAGUGCCUCAGUGACCCCUAUCAGCAAAGGGGGGGGGGGGGUGUCAUUUGUUUUCUUUGUGGUUUGUGUUUCCUGUUUCUAAUAAUGGGAGAAUGUAAGUGAGGUUGUUCAGAUUGUCUAUGCACUUGAGACGUAUAAGACAAACUACUAUUAUGACCAAUGAAAAAGACAGUGUGUGCACAAGACAUGACCAUACAUUCAAUGUGUAAAUUACUGUUAAAGGAAAGAGUCUGCACUUAUGCCUUAGUUUUGCUUUUUGGAGUAAAAACUGGACUUGGACCUUUUUUCCCAUUUUCUUUCUGUGGUGAAAUCUCAAAAUGACUUAUAGGCAAGAAUGACUGAAUGAUAAAGUAUCCACUCCCCAAUGUUUACUAGGCCUGGUGAGGGACCAAACAGGUGGGCACACAAGGCAGAUUUUUGGUCCAAAAAAGUGGGUUUAAUUAAAUCCAAAACUCAGUGUGUUUCAAGUGUUUCAAAAUGGUCUUAGUGUUAUUUUAAAAUGCUUUUUAAAAAACACCCUUAAAACAUCAGCUUGUGUACCUCAGCACAGCUGAGGUCGAGAUUUCGUCCUCCCCAGGAUUCAGUUUACUCUGCAGAAUGCAUGACGUGCUGCCAUAGCAAAAGGUGCAUGUGUAGUCUAGCUAGUGAAUGCUGUUUGGGUAGAUAAGGACACAAGCAGUAUUGUAUCUGAUUUUAACUACAGAGUCUCCUUCCACUCAGUACUGGAUCUGCAAAGUUGCAUGCUCUUAGUUUUGGCAAUUUGUAUCAUUUACAGUAGGGGAAUAAGAAAAAAAGAAAAUCUACAAAAUA